UUUGAAAAAAUUAAAAAAAAUGUGAAGAAGAAUGAUGAAAAUUAUGAAAAUGUAAAAAGAUUUAGAUUUUUUACGAUGUAUUCGCCAUUUCUAUCGGUAUAUUAAUUCAUCAUUAUUCGUUCAUUAUACUCCAUAAAAUGUCUGAGAGUACAGUAAUUUGAAUAACUUGAUUUUGUGAGUUUUUCAUCCUUGCGGUGUUUCAAAUAAUUUCACCGCAUAGCUCGGUUGAAUAGAAAUAUUUUAUGAAGAUACCUCCAUAGGAUUUUGAAAAGGCUUAAUAAUGCUCAGAAAAAGUUUCCCAGUCAUUCUGAGACCCAUCAUUGGUUUCAGUUCAUCGAACCUGCUCAAAAAUACUUGUAAUAGUUUUGUAACAUCGUGUCGUUCGGAUAACGAAAAAAGUGUGCUGGCGGAUCCUGUCGUAAUUAAACCUAGAACACCGGAAAGUUUUAAUUUACAUUCUGUCUUGACUGUGCAGCAAACUGAUACGUUCAAUAGUAUACAAAAUUUGAAAAAUAUCAAAGAUAUAAUACAGUUUUUGGAGAGAAAUGAGAAACUUAUUGUUCCUUUAUACGCGCCGUUAUUUACGCAAAUAUUUCAAAUAGUACAAUCCAAAAAUUCUCAAAUGAGUAAAGAAUUAUUAGUGAAGAAUCCAGCUUUCGAAAAAAUGUGCAAAUCAGUGAAAAAGUCAGCUCGUGCAUUGCGACCCAACGAUAUAUUAAAUAUUUUGAAAACCGUGAAAUUAAUGAAUGUGUCCAUGAACAGCACAUUCUGCCAAACGUUGCUACAAGUUUUAACCAAAACGAUCAACGAACUCGGCAUUAAUCAGUUGAUUUUCAUCAAUUAUUUAAUACGAGAUGCUCCUUCCAGUCCAAUUGUUGAAGCUUUAAAAAUAUCGCUACCUAUUGUAUUCGACACCAACAUUCGUGCUAAAUUAAAUUACGGAGAUCCUAAAAAAAUAACUGAAGCUUUGUGUUUCGGCUUAUUUAAGAAGACUUCGUUUAAAUCUAUAGAUGUGAUAGUCGAGGCAGCACUCGCGGUACGGGAUCAGCUCACAUUGGAUCAGUGCAAAGAUAUCGUGAAUGCAUUCUUGAUGAGUAAUGUCAAAAGUUUGGAUAGUUCACGUCGACUACUUUAUACAUUUUGCCUAAGUAAGGUUAAAGAAGGAAUGGAGCACAUGUCAUUCAGGGAUAUCAGUUAUAUCGCAAGCAACAUGAUCAAUGGUUUUCUAUUUGCUGAUUCGUUUUUCUACGAUGAAGUGUUCUUAUCGAAUGUUACCAAAAGCGUCAUUACUAACGAUUUGGGAUGGAUCGAUGCUUGUAAACUACAGCGAAGUUUCAAUCGUAUCAGUUACGUCGAUUUGGAUUUUCUAAAUUAUAUCGACCUUUCAUUAUCACGUACAAAUGAUUUUGCGAAUAGGGAAGACGAUAUUACGAUGAUUAUAUCCUUUAUCGCAGCGUGUUCAGAUGCUCGAUAUUUACCUUUGAAUUGGAGCACGUACGAACCGGUGUUUAUUGAUUAUUUCCUGAAAAUAAAAGACAUUCAAAUACCUUUGGUACGAAUAGUCGUGGAAUUAGUUUCCCUCGAUCGAUGGCACGUUCCACUGAUAGAAAAAGUUUUCGCAGAUGACUUUCUACGACAAUAUCUGAAUCGAAAACACAACAAGCUGGAUCAUCUUGCAAUCUUGAAUUUAUAUCGCGCAGUAGCCACCAAGGAACAAAGCGGCGUCACAGUUUUACCACCUGCCGAUAUUAUUGAUACUGCCAUUAACUAUGUCAAAGAAACACAGCGAUCCGUAGAUCUUUCUCCAUCCUUGGAACUAUUAUUCAAUGGAAAAUCUCACAUCGCGAAUAACAUUAUGACUAAAUACGGACAUUUCAUCGAACAUUUAAUAGUUCUGAAUAAAAACGGCGAGCCUUUACCCAUAAAAGAAGAUGUGCAGGAUGGCCAAAACUUGGAAAAUAUUGUUCUCCCUGCGAAUGGUUAUUCAUUUGCCAUCGUUGUGCUUUCUCCGACGUGUUAUUGUAUCGAUGGUGUGAAAUUAAGGGGUAAAUUCAAAUUAGAUAUCGAUACGUUGGCGACGCAAGGUGUGAUACCGGUUCCUAUAUCGACGACAGUAUGGGAAAGUUUACAAGAUAAUGAAAAGUUACCCUUCCUUCAACGUGAAAUAUUUUCUCGAGUUCCUGGUAACGAUAAAAUUGAGACUCCUGAACAAGCGACUUUUUGAAAAAAAUCAAGACUUGUAUUCAAGAAGAGAAUCUGUUAUAGGUUAUUAUUUAAGCGUGUAAUCGAGUUUUUAUUUGAUUUAAUUAGAUACUUCUUUUUUAAAAAAUUAAAUCAACAUCAUUGUGUUUA